AUGACCGCCAUUGAUAAAGGCCGAGUGUUAUCUGGGCUUCUUGGGCGUCUUCCGGCCGAAGUACUCAACCAAGUAUUCCACCAACUGCCCAACAUCGACUUAAAAACUCUGCGCCAAACAUGCACUUACAUCAAAGACUCCACGCAUCUUCGCCUUAGCCGUCUCUUUCUCUCGCCCAAUUUGCGCGAUAUAGAGGUCUUCAAAGCUGUAGCAAACCACAAAGCCUUUCGGCUCCAGGUCACAGAGAUCAUCUACGACGAUGCACGUUUUGAUGCAGCCCACGAAAUGGAGUGGACCUCAUGGUAUAACGAAGAAAAGGAUAUCGGCGAGGUCACUGGAGUUCCUGAAUGGUAUCGUCACAUCUACCGUGGGAAUCGCGAGGAUAUAAGGAGGUACAGUCCUCACCAUUCACAGGCCAAAGAAGCCUUGGAACAUCUCCUCAGCCCGGCAGAAGCAUUUAAGCAUUUCAAGAGGUUAUGGCAGGGACAACAAGAGACUAUUGCGACCAACAGAGACGCCGAUGCGUUAAAGUAUGGGAUGCUACGGUUUCCCAAUCUGAGAAAAGUGGUAGUUAGUCCUGCGGCUCAUGGAAGACCUUCACUGCCGUGGUAUCUCACACCUACUAUCAGAUCACUCCCACGCGGUCUCCUUUACCCUAUUGAGCGUGGAUGGCCUCUUAAUGAGGAUCCUUCCAACUUUCCCGAAGCGAGGGAUUGGGAUGGCUUGGAGAAGGAUAAAUGGCGCGGCUAUUGUCUAGUCAGUCGUAUCGUCGCCCAACACCUACGGGAGAACCCGGAGAGCAAACUUGCUGAAUUGGCUGUUGACACCAACCAGCUCCGAACAGGGAUUAGUUGCCGUAUAUUCGAUGACACCGAAAACAGCGAGAUCAAAGACCUGAAGGCCACCCUAAGUCAUCCUGGGUUCGCGAGCCUUGACCUCUCUCUACACUGCGGCAACCAGUGUGAGAAGAACUGGUGCUCUUUUCGAAGUAACCAUUUGCGGAAAACUCUUGCCAUGGCGAGGGAUAUCCAACAUUUUAUUGACGAAUUUGAUGAAUCUGACUCUGACGACUAUCACGACCCUGAUGCAGAGGAAGUAGACCACUUUAUUCCUUUGCAAACCAUCUUGCCUGUUAACGACUGGCACCAACUUCGACACUUCGGCCUCUGUCGAUUCAUCGUCAAAAAAGACGACGUCAUAAAUGUUCUUGAAAUUUUAUCGCCAACUCUAGAGUCUGUUGAACUGAGCUACUUGAUCUUCAUGCCCGAUAGUGGCGAUUAUCACAGCUUGGUGCAAGACAUGCGGCAGAAGCUGGACUGGCGCGAGCGGAAGGCAGAAAACCAGUCUAAAAUAGUUGUUCGCGUUGACGUUCGAUUUGGCAGUGUUCAUGGCGCUUACAUGAUGGAUGUUAGCCGGGAGGUGACCAGUUUCAUGUAUCAAGAUGGCGAGAACCCAUUUGGCGAAGCUGAGGGAAGUGUUGAGCAUCCGUAUGUUCCUCAGAGCGAUACCCCUGAAGGUAAUGGGAGGCUCUUGGAUUCAUUUGAUCCCAGUUUUGAGAGACCUAAUGCUAGCAUGCUUGCAACGCAAGGCCGAUAG